AUGGAGAAGGAGGCACCAGCCGACCACGGGCUCUCUCCUUCUUCCCCUGUCGUGGCCAAACCAAGGAGUCUGCGCUACGCCAAGUGUGCGCACCACCCGCAGUGGACGGCCCAAGAGAAGAAGCAGCUCUGCUGCUGGGCUUGCCAGGCGCUGCUGGACCCAAGCCUACUGCGGCGGAAGAAGCCCUGCGCCAAUCCUUGGCCCUGGGACAGGGACAGCCUCGGACUCGGGCUGGCCACCUUCAAGGGCUACAAGCUAAACCGCAACGUCAACCAGAGCAAGUGCAAGAAGGUGAAGAACGAUGAAGCUGAGGCCUCACCACCACCAUCACUGGCUGCUCAUCAAGAAGGUCCUCUCACCCCUGGGCCAAGCACCUCACACGUGGGACUGGCAGCCCAGAACGCUGCAGUCCUCCUGGGCGCAAAGGAAGGCAAUGCCACACCCGAUGACCUCGACAUGCUGCCACAUGACGACCACCCAUUGGUCGGGCAGCAGGACCACGUGGCUGACAAGGUAGCGCACUACCUUCAGUCCAUCACUGCCGCCAAUGGAGGCCAUGGAGGUGUCAGUGUUGACACGAUCGACGACCUGCUGGCCCGCGUCAAGUCAGCCUACAUGCGGCUCAUCGAGUCCACGCCAGAUGGCAUCUGCACUGUCACCGCCAGCACUGACGAGCCUGACCUCCUUGUGCCUACGGUGCCAGACUGCCCGGAGGUACUGGUUUCUCUGUGUAGUGAUGGGGUGAAGUCCUAA